AUGACUAUUCCCCAUCCCAUGCGACAAUGGACGUGGAAGUUAAAUCCACUACUCCUACAUGACAAACAAGUGAUCAACAAAAUUGCCAAAACCCUCAUAGAUUACUUUGAACUAAACACCAACCGGAAGACCUCCCCUGUAUCCCUAUGGGCUGCUCACAAAGCAGUUGUAAGGAGACACAUACUUAACUUAGCUACGGCAAAAAAACGACAACAACAACAGCCACUCACAGGUGCCCUGACAGAACUGUGUAGCCUAGAAAUAAGGCACAAAAGAAAUCCUCAACCGACCACCUUUACCCAAGUAAAUGAAAUCAGGGACUAA